AGCAACAGCAAGAUAAAGAUUGUGUGCAUGAGUUAACUCAUCUGCAAGUGUUUGAGAGCACGAAAGGGAAGAUCAAGAUAACAUCAAGAUGGACGCCUUUCUAAGUUCCAUUCCGUCUGCUGCUGAAGAUGUUUCGGACGGCGAAAGCUCCAAUGAAACGUGGAACGACAAGAAGAUUUCGCAGCACCAGCAAACCAAUUACGGUUCAGAAGGUGGACAACCGUCCUCCGCAUCUUCUUCUUCUUACUCCGCCCCCUUCCAGCACAUCAAGGAAGGCUCGGAUUCCUUAUCCUUCAUAACCUCCGGCGUCCCGGCCAUCGACGCCUACUUGGACAACCAAGGCUUCACCCCCGGUAUUUGGCAACUCGUCGGGCUGCCGAACGUGAAAAUCUCCGAGUUUUUGUUGCACAACGUCGUCCGCGGGAACUUGCUGGCACGCUGUGAAGCUGAAGACCACUCGGUCGCUGCUCUGGCUCUUGGAAAACAGCAUGACAAAGAACUCAGAAAUCCUCGUCGACGUCCCACUUUCCGCAUCUGCUACGUGGACACGCAGGGCGGUAGGAUGUUGGAUCCGGAGGGGAGAUAUCCAUUGGAAUUGCAGGACGUUUUCCAAGAACACCUUUCGGCCUCCGGGACGGAAUUCUUCCCCGGCAGGACGACAGGUUGCGCCAUCACAAUUUCCGCUGCGCCUUUUGAGUUCGAAUUCGAACGAGUCUACGAUCUAGAGGAAUUUUCCAAAUUCUUGGACGGGAAAAUUACCGAACAAUGCGUCAAAAAUCAAACCGAUCAUACAAUAAAAUCGAACAAAUUUGACCUUCUCAUCGUCGACUCCAUCGCGUUUCUGAUCCGGAGUGCAAUCGACCCAACGAAAACUACCGGAUUUCAUAUACAGUGCAAAAGUAUCGUAGUCGUAUAAAUGCAUUACAAAUUUCCUCAGCAUGAGAAAUAAAAUUUGUAAUGCGGAUUCACCUUAAGAAAAAAAAUUGUAAAUGCAUGAUUGCAAUACGAGUGCGAUACUUCUGCACAGGAUAUUUCACGACAACAAGCAAUCACAAAUCGCCGACCGUUUGAACCUGAACAAAAAAAUUUUCAAAACCAUGCAAAAAAUCCGGCAAGUUGCGAAAACGAGUAUCCUACCAAGUGCAAAAAUGUGUGGGCCUGGAAGAAUGCAACUUGUGAUGCUGCAUUUGGAUUCCAAAAAAAUCUGUAUUGCAUGAGUACCAAAGGGAAUGCAGUACUACGCGGCUGAGAAGGCGUUUGUCAUGCGGAAUAGGCAUCAAGAAGCCCUCAAAAAAUCUGCAUUGCUAGGCGGGUAUGCAUCACAGACAUCAUGGCUCAUACAAAACGUGCAUGACAAGUGUCAGAAUCUUCCAGACCCAGACACUUUUACAGUUGAUAUAUCCUCGUGAACCACCUAACGAGGAGCUUUGUCUUGCCCUAUGGAGACGAUACGCUCUGGCGGGGGUAUCGGAUGCAUGGUGGGGGUGCCACUUCUAGUAUGGAUUCAUCAUCUUCCGGAGGAACUUGUGAUGCUGGAGCAGCAUCACUGGUGGACGGCGCCAAAUCUUCCGGGACGACUACAAGCAAAGCCGAUUUUAUCCGUUUUAAGCCGACGAACAAGCAGGAAAAAGAGGCGGUGGAAUUGGCGAAGAUGAACAGUUUGAUGGACCAGGUGUUUGACAGCGAUUUGUUUGACGACGAGGAGGAGGAGGAGGAACAAAUACUGAGCCAGGCUGUGGCUGCACUCAACAAAAUACAGUUUAACGAACCCGCUCCGGUUGCUUCUGGGGCGGAUCCGUUCGUGGUGGAAAGCGAUCAGCGCCGUGGAGAGGAUGAAGUACAGCAGAUUGCUCCUGCCCACCAGCACCAGAAACCACCGUCACCUGAGGUGAAGAAACGAAGAAUCGAAAUUGAACCGAAAAUGAUGAAACAGGCUAUUGUGCAGAGACAAGGCCAACAGGACAUAAUUGCAGCUACAGGAGGGAAGGGCGACGUGCAGCACAACUCUCAACAUCUCUUUCAGCAUGACAACAAUGAGGAAGAAGAUUCGACGAAAAACAAAACGCUUUUCUUCAAGCCGGCUCUGGGGCAGUUUUUCAGUCAUUGUGUGGACCAUACACUAGUUUUGACGAAGGAUGAAUUGACCAUUUUGAAAUCGAUUUCGUUGCCGUCUGCAUAGAAGUACAACUCGGCUUGUUUAGAAGUAACAGACAUUUUCUUCAUUUCAUGGCCAUUCAUGUUUAGAAGCAGCAU